CGAACGCACGUAAGAACAAACGAGCAGAAGGUUUUUGUGCUGGAAUUUAAUUUGUUAGAGGAAGAAAAAACAAUAAUAAAGUUUUGCUUUCAUUCCAAACAAAAUUUUGUGGAUAAAAAACUGACAACCGGCCGUGCAUUAGCCGUUUAAAUUAACAGUGCCAAAAUAAAUCUAUUUAAUAUAGCCACUGUGUGUGUGCUGCGCUGGGCGUGCAAGGCGCAGCAGAAACUAUUUUUUGUGGUUGGUUGCGUAAAAGUGAUUUGUGCACAUAAUGGAAGACCUCACCAAGAACAUAAUAUUCACAAACGCCAUCAACGGCCAACCGACAACGAUUCAAUACCAAACAGCAGACGGCACCAUUCUCAAACAACCCAAAAUCGAGGGCCAGAAGGCCGAUCAACAGCCCACCUUUUACUACACAACAAAUGGCAAUGGCGGCACGGUAAAUCUGGCACAAUUGGCCACCACAGACGACAAUAAGACUUGCUACAUUACACAGCCAGUUGGUGGCUACAAUUAUGCUCUGGUCAACGGAAUGCCCCUCAAUCAGGGCACCGUGGGCAUCGCCACUGUAGAUGCACAAGGACGCAUACAGAUUGUCAAUCAAAAUAAGCCAAUUGCAGCGACAAUUUCACCACUGCAAAAUACAAUAUCAAACAUCAGCUUCAAGUGUGAUGUCUGCUCGGAGAUGUUUCAGCAUUUGGCACUGCUCAACGCUCACAAGCGGAUGCACACCGAUGGCUCCGAUCCGCAGCAGCAUAACUCACAGCAAUCGAAUGAUGCCAUCACGGUGGUCAACGCACAGGGUCUGGUGCAGACACAAAAUAUAAUCACCGGCAAUGGACAGAUGGGACAAAUACAAAUCGUUGCUUCCGAUUCACUGGAGCCAGUGCAACAGUCCGUGAUGCAGCAGCAACAGCAGCAGCAGCAGCAACAACAGCAGGCAUCACAACAGCAACAGCAGCACGACAAUUCCAAGUCGAGCAAGUGCAUCAAUUGCGGCACUGCCAUGAUGCAACAGUCGAAGCGCAAGGGUCCCAAGCAGGUGCGCUGCGAGUCCUGCAUGCAAGCGGAGCAGGCGGCGCAACAACAAAUAUUUGUGGCACCCGAUGGUCAAAUGGCGCAUCCUGUACAAAUCAUAUCAACUACACCCCAGGCGCAAGCUCAGCUUCAGCAGAUUGUUGCCCAGCAAACUGGCAGCACAACUCCCAAGCGAGAACCGAGCUCAUCCGGUCAUCAUCCGGUGAAGAAGCGCAACUCCCAACAGAUGACCAAAUGUCAAAAGUGCAAUGGUUCCGGCGUCGUUCUAAUGGGUCAACACACACAUACACAUACCGGCGCCAGUGGUUCCGUCAAACAAAAUUCUGUCACCGUGAAGACCGAAAAUCCCAGUAAACCCUUCAGCUGCAACAUAUGCGGCGGCCUCUUCUCACGCUACUCCAGCCUGUGGUCACACAAGAAGCUGCACAGCGGCGAGAAGAACUACAAGUGCACCAUCUGCGGACUGGCAUUUGCCAAGGCCGUCUACCUUAAGAACCAUGCGCGCAUACACACUGGCGAAAAGCCCUACAAAUGUCAAACUUGUGGAAUGCAGUUCUCGCAAUCGCCGCAUCUGAAGAAUCACGAGCGCACGCACAGCGGCGAACGUCCGUAUGUGUGCGGGGUGUGCGACAAGGGAUUUGCGCGUCAUGCCACGCUGUGGAAUCAUCGUCGCAUACACACCGGCGAGAAGCCGUACAAGUGCGAAAUAUGCGGCUCGGCCUUUUCGCAGGCGGCACAUCUGAAGAACCAUGCCAAGGUGCACUCCGGCGAGAAGCCGUACAAAUGUGAAAUAUGUUCGGCAGCGUUUGCCGAUCGUUUCGCGUUGAAACGCCACCGGGGCAUACAUCAGAAAUAUGGACAAACGGCGCCCAGGCAGCCGGCUGGUGAUGGCAUGGUCGUGCACAAGCAGGAGCUGCCAGACAUGGAUGACGAUGCGCAACAGGAGGUGAUCAUCGGCGGCUUAUAGAU